GUGAACUGCAUGCCUUGUUUAUUGGAAUUUAAUGAGGGAAGAGAAAAGUCAAAAUUAUAGAUAAAAUACAUGUAACUGUCAUGAUGGAAAAAGAAGACUUUUCUAAGAGCUUGCUAUCUGAAAUAAACCAAUUGUGGAUUGAUAAGGAAUUAUGUGAUGUCAACUUAUCUGUUGAGGGUGUUGUAAUACCAGCUCACCGUGUAAUCUUGGCUGCACUGAGCCCAUAUUUUAAAGCAAUGUUUUGCUCACAGCUUGAUGAAAGUCACAGGUUUCAAAUAAGAAUUCAGGAUUUAAGCCUUCCAGCUGUUCAAGCUAUUGUACAGUUUGCUUACACUACCCAUUUGGAUCUUAGUGAGGAUACUGUUCAGUCAGUUAUGCAAACAGCAGCUAUGAUGCAGAUCUCGGCAGUUGAGAAACUUUGCUGUUCAUUUCUAGUUGAGCACCUGCAUCCAUCUAAUUGUUUGGGGAUUAGAGAUUUUGCUCAUGUGAUUGGUUGUUUUGAUUUGAAGGAGAUAGCAGACAAGUUUUGUGAGGAGAAUUUUUUUGAGGUUUCUCAGCAUGAAGAGUUUCUCAAGCUGGAAGUUGAGGAGGUAAGCACAAAUAUUAAAUAUCACAGAUUGCCAAAUUAACUUGUAAGGAGAGGAAAAUUAAUGCACAUAUUUUUUUUACUUAGAACUAUGUGGAGCUGGUUAAUAUGAAGGCACAAGCAGGGCUUAGUUUGUGAUAUGUCUGUCUCGGGUUAAUCCUGUAAUAUAGGCCAAAACGUGCCAAAGUGUCCUCGUUUUAUAGCCAUUUUAAUUGUUUCUAUAGUAUAGUAGUUACUAUCCUAAUGUCUAAUUUUUAUUUUAUUUAGUUUAAAUGUUUUUAAUAAUUGUAAAGCGCUUAGAGCUUUAAGGUAAGCACCAUAUAAAUAAAUAUGUCUUCCUAGACUAGGGUGACCAAACAUCCCUUAAAAAUGGGAUUGUCCAGAUUUUUCACGUUCGUACCCGGUGUCUCGAAAAAGUCUUUUGGGGCGCCUAAAUGUCCCAUUUUUAAAACCAAACACAUUUUCAAAUCACUAAAACUUCCUUAUGCAUAAUAUGACUUCAAAUAAUAUUUUGUCUAACUGUGUAGCCAGUGCCAGUAGUGAUGUGGGCUUGCGUGAUGGCUGCACUGUUCCCCAUUUCACCACUCUGCCGAUGCUGCGUAAACGACAGUGUCCCUGCCAUAGAUCAUAUUAUGUUGUAAAAUAUGUAUAAAUAAAUAAGUAUUCACUGCAAAAUUAUUGUUUUCGUUAAGGAUAAGUCUCAGAGUUUAAAUUAAAUUACAAAAGUGAAGGUAAAUUUAAAAAGAUUUCUAGGUCUCAAAAUAGUUAAAAUGAGCGUAUUUCAAUAAAAAGUUUCAGGGGGAGGCCCCUCGGACCCCUCUUUAGCUGGGGGGCAUCCCCACAAGCCCUCUUUGGGUGUGUCCCAUUUUUUCCAGUUCAUGAUUUGGUCACCCUAUCCUAGACACUCUUAUUCUUAGUUGUACUAAACAGAAUAAAAUAAAAGUUUGUAUGUGAAUUAAUUAUGUUUGGCAUUAUGUUUUUGUAUCUUUUAAUCUACAUGAUCUCAUAGCUUUUUUUUUUGGUGAUAAAUAAAUUUGUAUUGUUUCUCCAACUGGUGAGAUAUUUCUUUUUCACCAUUCUUGUCUCAUGUCUUUCUGGCCAGGGAAUUAUUUUUAUUACUCUAUGUAAGAUAGAUUGUUAAAAAACAAUAAAACAAAACAUUUAAUUUUUAUUAUUUUUUUAUCAGGUCACUGCUUUCAAAAUGUAGGCUUUUAUAUGUACAUGGAUACAAAAGUUUAUAGCGAUGAACAUAUGUGAAAUCUUUAGGUUAAAUCUAUUUGAAGGGUUACAAACAAUACAGGUUUAAUCACAGAACCCUACUAACCUGUUCUCAUAUGGCGGCCAUCCUGUCAUUCUUUCAUUCUGCUGGAUGUUUUAUUUUAAACUAUCCCUUGAGAAAAAAAUUACAUCCGGCUCACCAUUUGUUAUUAUGGCACAUGAGAAUGAGCUAAGAAUAUAUUUGACUUAUUAUAACUUAAAAAUUAAUAAAAGCUUUAAAGAAUGAACUCAACCUAAUUAAUUUUUGAGCACUUACAAAUAAUUUUAUGUUAUAAAUUCUUUUCAUAAAUGAUGAAUAUAAUUAAUUAAUUUGUAUUAUAAUAAUCAAUUGGGUUUUAUAAUUAUCAAACAGGUAAUUGGACUUAUCUCCAGAGACAGUCUCAAAGUGGCUAAAGAAGAAGAGGUUUGUGACAUUGAAACUUAAGCUAUUGAACUAUAAUGUUAUUUAAAUGUAACUUUUUUCAUGCUCUUUAUAGUCCAUCUCAUUUUUGUUUAUGCAUUUUACACUCCGCAACACUUAACUGUACAACAGCAUUCUUAAGGAAUAGACUAAAUAAACUUUCAUUAAAAUCCAGUGCUCCGAAAUAUUUUAGUACAAAACACUCAAAAUAGGGAAUGUCAUAUUGAUAUGUUCUAAUAGGUGUGACAAUCAUUAAAAAGAAGAUUAUUGUAUUUUGUUGUAAAUCUAAUAGAUACAAAUUUUUUUUUUUUAUCAUGAACCUUGGCAACUUUACAUUUUAAUUGAUUUCCUUUAGGCAUACAUCUAAAUUUAAAAAAAAACCAACAUAAUAUUGUAGGUUUAUGCUGCUGUGAUGAGGUGGGUGGCAUUUGAUCCAGAACGCAGCAAAGAUGAUGUUUCAUUAUUGAUGGAGCAUGUAAGGCUUCCGUUAGUGCAGUGGGACUUUUUAAUCAAAGAAGUGAGCAAAGAUAAACUCUUUGUCACCAAUGAAGACUGUCGUAAUUAUCUGCAGGUAAGUUUGUGUAAAUCCUUUUCACAAAUGUGACUAAAAAGGUAUAAUGAUUCCCUGCAAAGAUGUGUAAUAAAAUCAAAUCAAUAGGUUUACUAUUACUAUCAAUUUUUUAUUUAAUGUUUAAGAAACACUGCUGUACAGCUUUUAUACACAAAAGCAGUUCCUGCAAGCUUAUAAUAUUAGUUGUGUAUUAUUAAAAAAAAUGAAUUAUGACACAAAUUUUUUUAAACAUUUGGUUAAAUUAUCAAGUAUAAAUAAAACUUAAAGGCAAUUUACUUUAGGUUUGAUGGUCAUGCAUUUAAAAAAAGUAAUUUUGACUUUUCUGACUAAAAAAAGCCCCAUUAUAACCAGAUAUAACAUAAACUAGUGAAAUAGGUGAGUGUCACUAAAAUUAAAUUCCCUAAUCUUAUGCAACUAAGUAAUGUCUCUAUAUUUAGUGCUAUGGACCAAAAUUCUUGGAUCAUAAACCACCACUUCACUUGUCUCCUGGCAAUAUAUCAGCUAAAGGUUCAGUGUCAAGGAGCUUAAAACAUUGGCCUCCAGUAUAGCCAAAUGUUUAAAAGAAAAUCAACUGAACUAUAAAUAAAUUUUUUAAUGUUUUUAUUUUUAAAAUGUUGCUAUUACAGCAAGCACGAGCUUUUCAAGCCAGUUCUUUUCAUCCUGACCUACUGAACUUUGCCUACAAUGAAGCUGUUGUAAGAUCUCAGCCACGUGCAUUUUUCUCUGCUGCUGAUAUGCUCUACUCUGUUGGUAAAUUUAAAUUUUAUCCUGCCAAGUUAAUGAUGCUUUCAGAAAAAGUUAAAUGAUCCUGUAUGUAAAAGAAUUAUUUCAAGUACCACCCAGAAUAGUUAGUAAAGGUAUUUUAGUAAUAUACUGUGUGACCCAAAAUAAUACUUUGUACUUGACACAAAAAAAGGAGCAACAGAAAAUAUUCAGAAACAAAGUUUACAUUUUUACUGAUACUUAACACCUAAUAAAUUGUAUAGUUUUUUAAGGAUACUAUAUGUUCCUUAAAUAGCCAUGAGUUAGAUUUUAUUUAAAUAUAAGUAAGAAGUGUUAAUAAUGUGAGGGUGAUUAAAAAUUCGAUUUCUUUAUGAAUAAUGGUGUUUGAGGCUUAUUUUCAAAUUUAAAUCUCAUUAUUUGAUGGAAAAUAUAAAUUUUUACCAUUGCUAAAGAUUUCAAGAGCUCAUUUCAGUUGGUACCAGUAGCUCUAUUGUCUCUGAGAUCAACAAAAAUUCUUUUUUAAACUGGCAGACAUUCCAAAUAAAAACUAUAAAGAACAUUUAGAAAGAGUCUUGACAAAGCAGAAUGAUUUUGUGGUGGGAUACAUAAAACAUCUGUGCUUUUUUUGCUUGUGUCACAGUCCUGAUGACAGCAACCAUUACAAGGUGAAACAGUGGCUUCCUAGAACUGAGCACAUUUUUGGUUGGCACAACUUUUAACACAAAUCAUUUAGAAAGUUUACUUACCACCAUUUUACAUUAAAUUGGGUCUCAUGAAAAAUUUUGUAGUAGCCAUGGAUCUUAAUGAACAAGGUUCUCAGAAUUUGAAAGAGUAAUUCAGAGCAACAAACUGAUGUUUAGCUGAAAGCUGGCAUCUUUAUUGGGUCAGAAGUUUGCAAAUUGAUGCGUGAUACUAAGCUGAACCCCCUUGCCGCUUGGGAUGCAUUUACUUUGGUAGUCCAAAACAGUCUUGUGAAUCACCAAGCUUUGAACUAUGCUAACAGCCUAAAGCAACUUGGCUCCUAAUGUCUCUAAAAUGCAUUUCUUACUUUGUCAUCUGGAUUUUUUACCACCAAAAUUGGUUGAUGAAAGCGAUGAGCAUGGAGAGAGAUUUCAACAACAUGUCUUGACCUUGGAAACAAGGUAUCAAAGUCACUGAAAUUUAUACAUGAGGGGUAAUUAGUACUGAUUUCUUCAGCAGGCAACAGCAGCCCCUCACUUUUGAACACUAUUAAAUUUAAACUGGAGACAAAAUUUUGAAAUCUAUGCUUUUAUCUGAGUAACAUACAUAUAUUUGUAUUAGAUUUAAAAACUAUAUUGAUUAGAUCCUUUUUUCUUAAAUUUUCUUGUAUUGUUUAAUAGAUUUUGGCAUGUUUUUAUUAAGACUUUCUAUGGCUUUUUUUUUUUAAAACUUAAGAAACCAAGCAUAAAAUUUCUUAUUGGUAAUUGGUUACAUUUUUAUUUUAAUUUCAAGAUAUAAAAGAAAAACAUUUGUUUAAUGUAAUGACUACUCUUACACAGGUAUAUAAGCAAAUAUUACCUCUGUAAUUUGUUUGCAUAAUCAAAAAAGUUAAUUUUAACAUGAAGCUGCAAAAUUUAAAAUCCUGAUCUGCUACACAAUAUCUGACUUCAGAUUUGGGAAUCAGCAUAUUGGAUUUAGUAUCAAUCACAAAAUAGAUGUCCAGUUGCAGACAAAAUAGUUUUUUUGUUGUCCAGUCUAUAGGGACCAUAUCUCCAAUGAUACAGUGAAAAAAUGGGUUCGCCAGGCAAUAUUGGAGUACGAUGACCUACUGGUGACUGUGAAAAAACGCAAACUACAAUGGUACGGCCAUGUAACAAGGAAGCAAGGGCUUGCCAAAGAAAUAUUGCAGGGCACCACAAGAGGAGGGAGAAGAAGAGAAAGACAAAGAAAAAGAUGGGAGGAAAACAUCAAAGAGUGGACAGGACUAACACUGGGCGAUGCUGUGGGUAGUGCAGAAGACAGAGAUGAAUGGAGGAGGAUAGCUCACAUGUCAUCUGUGGCACCCCAACCGUCCAAGGGCUAAGGGGCAUGAUGAUGAUGAUGAUUUUAUAAAGGAGUUACAUAUAAUUCUCGUACAAACUAUCACAAAAAUUUCGCAGAGUAAAAAAAAAUAAAAUCUUAAGCGCUGUAUAUUAAUUUAUGAAAUUUGAAGUAUUUCACGCAACAUUAGAGAUUUUCCUAUGCACAACUUAAAAUUUAAGGCCCCUUUUCCUAAUGGAAAUUUUUAAUUUUGAAGCAAAGUUUAGGGUGGAGAAACAAGAAAUAUUUAUGUUACCAUAAAAAAUAAAUCUUUCAAAUUUUUAUGUGCACCCUUUACAUUUUCAACAGGUGGCGAGUCCUCUAGUCGUGAAAUCUUGUCAUCUUUUGAAAGCUUCAAUCCUUUUACCAACCAAGCAACCCAGUUACCUCCCCUUCCAGAAAAGAAACGAAGUUUAGGAGUUGUUGUGGUUGAUAAAAUAAUUUAUGCUGUUGGUGGUGCCACUGCUACAGAAAGUUCAAGAUCAGUUCAUGCAUUUGACAUUGACAAACAGCAGUGGCUAAGUCGUGGCCAACUCAGUGUGGCUAGAAGUAGUGUUGUAGCCGCUGUGGUUGGCGGUGGAAUAUAUGCUUUAGGUGGACAUGGGAGUCAAAAUGUCCUGUCUUCUUUUGAAAAGUAUGACAUUGAGCUUAAUUCAUGGUCACUUAGUGGUAAGCUCUUCAUUAAUUGCUUAUUGUGUGAAAAUGUCAUCAAUUAAAUGGUUAAAUAAAUAACUUUUAAAAACCUAUCUAAAUUGUAUUUUUAAGAAGAACUGGCAGUGUUAAGAUCAUCAAAAGAUUCUUCUAAACCAAAUUAUUCUAACUAAGAAAAUAAAAAUUAAAAAUAAUUAUAGGUAUAACAGGCUUUAAAAUUGAUCUAGUUAAAUCUCCCACAGAAAUGCUAGAGCCUCGCAGUAUGGCGGCUGCCGCUGUUGUUGAAUUUCGUCUCUACCUGUGUGGUGGUUAUAAUGGUGUGGAGGAUCUUAAGUCUUGUCAAGUAUUUGAUACUAAGGUAUUUCACAAAGCCACAGAGUAGCUGGUGAUGUUAAUUUUAAUGAUACAUUUUGUUCAACUAAGAAUGAUUCUUUCUUUUUAAAGUUGUGAAGUAACUUAAUUUUUAAAUCUUAAAGCUUCAAACAAGGUGUAUUAGUUUUCUUUAACUCUUAUUAUUAUAGAAUCACCAGUGGUCAGUCUGUGCUAGCAUGAUAGAACCCAGGUCGAUGUUAGGGGCUGCUGCUCUUGAUGGAAAAGUUUAUGUUGCUGGAGGUUGUCAUCAGGACCAAUGGUUGGUGACCCUAAUUUUGCAAUCAUUUACUGCUGUGUAAAACACUCGGAAGGAACCUAGAUGGUAGAAAGUGAAAAACGACUAAUUUUUCCCUGUUUCUUUAUUAAAUCAAAUUUUUUAUCAGAGCAACAUUACAUUAAGCUAUUUUAACAUUUGGUUUUUAGCAUAAUGAAGUUAUAAUCAGAUUAUGUUUAAAGGUUUAUUGAAAAAAAUUUUCACUUCCUAGUUCAAUAGAUUCCUUUUUAGAUUGUUAAAUAUUUGUUUUAGAUAUUGGUUAAAAUAUUAAUUUGUUUUAUUAUUAAAUGUUGCUUUAAAAAUGUCCCCAAUACAAAUCGCUUGAUUUCAUUUUUGUUUUGUUGAUCAACUUGUUUUUAUUUUGUGCAGCUUGAGCUCAGUGGAAUGUUUUGACCCUGCUUCAAAUCUCUGGACAAACAUCGAGCCGAUGUUAGGACCUCGUCGAGGAAUGGGUUUCACUGUUCAUGGGGACAUGUUGUAUAUUUCUGGAGGACAUGAUGGAAAGACUUUACAAGGAAUGAUCAUGAAAUACAACAAGCACACAAAAGAAUGGACAGUGGUUGGAAAUCUAAUCACCAAGAGAGGGAGGUUUGGAUUUCUAUAGUCAUUGUGAUUUUAUUUUCUCGUAUAGCUUAUAGAUCAUGAUAUAAUUUAAAAUUUCAGCAGUUGUUUAAAAAGAGGUAAUUGCUGUUCAUUCUCAAACAAUAAGAAAAUGUUGUUGACAUACCAUUUGUCACAUUCUACUAUUAAUAAAAAAGAUUGUCUAUAAAUAGAACUAGAUUGUAAAGUUGUAAAGGCCCUUUUAUUUUUAAGUAUUAACUCUUUAUUGAAAUUACUGAAACUCUUAUGGGAUCAAUUUUGCAUGGAGAGCAAAAUUUCAAUUAUUUACACCACCUCAGUGAAUACUAAAUAAACGUGUCAUGUUAAAUUGUGUAUUGAUAAUUAAGAAUAAUUUAUUGGAACACAAUCCUUUAUAGUAAUAAAAAAGAAUUUAUUAAAAAAUGUAUAACAUAUCUGAAUCCUAGAGAGAUGAUCCACGCCAAAAUAUCUUUUAGUAUUUGGGUAUAUAUCUUAAGGGUCUUAGAGUCCACAGCAUUGUAUUUUUGUAAUGUAUGUAUACUUUUUAAAUGAAUGUUAAAAUUCUGCUACCUAUAAAUUCCAAGAAUCGGGUUCACCAUCAUUUUGUUGGAAUUAUUAUUUAACUAUAGAAAAAAGGUGAUAUAGUUCCAAAAUUUAUUGUAGCUCUUUAAUAUUUCUUUCACAAAUGAAUUAUGA